AUGAGCUGGCUAAGUACCACGAGUGAGCACCGGUUUCCGUUCAUGAGCAUCGCACGCAGUGCGUGCAAGGUGAUGGACCGAUGCGUCGCCGACGUCCUGACCCACGCGUCGCGCCUCGGCCACGUCUUCUUGGCCGUCGAAGACACUCCGGACGCCUUUGCCUUGGAGCUCAAUGCGCAUUUCCCGCACACGUCGCGGCUUCUCGAGCGAUAUGCACCGGCCAUGGUCUUCAAGGCACCACAGGCGUCGACCGACGACAUGUACGACGCGAUGUUGCGCGAGAUCGUCGCCCAAGCCCGCGCGGUGCGGACGCAGUGCACGGUCGCGCUGACCGUCUUUGGGCCCGACGCGCUGCGCGCGGCGUGUCAUCGUGUCGCUAAGCGUCUCACGGCCGUCUUGCCCAAAGCCAUCUACACGAUGUCGACCGCCACGUCCACCGCAAGCAUGGAAGCCCGACUGCGGCAGGUCGACGUGCAUCUGGAUAUGAUUGUACGACACGCGACACCGCUUGACCUCUCGAUCGCAACCCCGCUGCCACCUGUCUGCGUCGACCUGUAA